UGAUACUAUGACCCUGGGCUGUAGACCAAUCACAGCUUUCCGUAAGGUCGUGUUUGCCGCGAAACAACGCAGUGGGUAAUGGAAAUGAGCUGACUGUCGGUGUGUUACGAUUUUAUCUGAGUUAUGGGACUGGAGGGGCUUCCAUGCACUUGUUAGUGCUGCUGUCGGAGAACGUCCAAUCUUCAUGGAUCCUGGGAGUAAUGAGCUGGAAUCCGGUUUUUCCCAGUUGGACAACCCCUGCUUGAUUGUCGAGGACUCCCAGCCGGACAGUGCCGCCUUGGAGGAAGACCCCGACAGCAGCUAUCGGUCCCUGUUCGCCCGUAGCCUCUCCAACCUGCAGCCCACAUCUCCCAGUCCUGUUUUGGAGCUGAUUUCGUCUCCACUGGGAAGCAAGUGCUCCCAGACUGAUAGCCUCGCGAACGUGGUGCAGAGGAACACACAGCCCAGCUCAGCUUGUUUGGAGUCAACCCUGAGUUCUGACGCACGGGAGCAUAGUCAAAUUCUUGAAGUGUGCUCCCCAUCUAAUCAAAAGAGUGUAAUAGCCCCUGUCGCCAGGAGGUGUGCAGGUGAAGAGAUGGAGGUGGACGCUGGGGCAGACUCCACAACGCAGUGUGCUCAGUCUGAAGGAGGGCCAUCUCAGUUUGGCUUUCUGGAGCUGUCGGAGAGCCAGGGUCCGAGCCAUGAGCUGGACAGGGAUGAGGAGAGCCAGGCUGAGAGGGCCAGCACUCCGCCCAGCCAGACUGACAGCCAGAGGCAGGCUAAGCAAGGAGCUGUACAGAAAACAGCAGGUGUAGCUUCAGGCAGCCAGGAGAACAAAUGUAAAAGGUCAGAAGUGAGCUCCAGCUGUCCCUCUGAGCCCUCGUCUGGGGAGAGGAAGAUGUCCAUCCAGGACCUGCUGCAUGGCUCCGAGGCCUCGGCCGAGGCGGCCCGGGAACCGGAGGAUGAGGACGAGGACGAGGUGCCAUCUUCUCAGGAUGACUUAUUCGACGCCGAGAAGACAGGAGGCGGGGUCGACAGCACCGUGGCUGAGCCAGAGAGCCAGCAUCUGCCAACGUGCACACCCGCCCACAGCCUGCGUCUGCUGCAUCUUUCAGGACACGGCAUCCUGGUGCAAGAGAGCCUCUCCCAGAACUCUGCUGAUUUUGUAGCACCUACUCAGGACGGUUUAAGCCAAACGCCUCUUAUAGUGCCUAACUCACCCACAGCACAAGAGGAUGAACAAGCUUUUGGGGAGCCUAUGGAUACAUCCCUUCCCCCCGAUGAGCCAGAUUGCUUGCAGAAAAGAGGGGAGGAGCCAAUGGACAUGGACCAGGUUCCUGUUCAGUCAGGCACAGCACCCAAACCACAGCCCUCUGCAUCUACUCCAGUAUCCCAGCAUUCCCCUGGUUUUGUCCUGGAGAAAAACAUCUCUGUGCCUACACUUCCUGAGCUCUCCCACGAUGUAUUUGUCCCAACCCAGAGCCAGGAAACAGGAAGUAGUGACAAGUUGGGAACACUAAUGAAGGAAGCUGCUCAAAAGGACAGACGCUUAUCACUGGAGUCAAGAUCUCCUGAGCCGUCUCACUCGGGGGUGAAGCGCAACCCCAGCCAAUCGCUGCACAGCGAAGUGGCUGAAUCCUUCCAAUUAGAACUCUCUACUCUCAGUGAGCGCGGCAGUUUCGCACAACCGUCACAAAAGCCGCAGGAGGCCGAGGACAGCCAGGCAACGCAGAUAGAGGAGUCGGGGGGGCUCGUAGACACAUCUGCAAGUGUCGCCUCACGCGACAGUUCCCAGAAGGAGGGAAACGGUGUCUGUCUAGAGUCUGAACCAAAGAACACCCCUAGUGAACCGAAAGAGUCCCAGACGUGUGAAAUAAGGACAGCUGCCAAUUUGCGCGAUGGUAUGGGGGAGGCAAACUCCUCAAAAGAAAACUCCUCGCAGGGAAGGUGUUCCGAGACGUCCAAACCCACCACCCAAGCAAUGAAUGUAACGCAUGCUACAGAUACUACUGACCUGACAAAAGCUGGCAGCUCACAGAAGCAGGACACCCUUAGCUCCCAGCAGAAACUUGAGACCAUAGACUUAACAAAAAAUUCGCAAGAACAUAACCCCCCAUCCUCGGCCCGUAGCACCUGCGUCCCUUACAGUUUAUCGACCUCGUCAGAAUCUCAGUCCGUGUUGCACACAAGUGUCUCGGAUCUCGAGACCCAAGACAUGGUCAUGGAAGUCCAGUCCAAGAGCCCAGAGGUCUGUGUAGAUUCUGGGGCAUCGGUAGUUUUGUUGAGUCAGAAUGCUUUACAAAAGCCUGCUAAUGCUGCAGGAAAUGACCUGGACGUGACGGAGGACAUGGAGGAGGCGGAGAAGCAGGAGGAAACUGCAGGGGGUGAGGGGUCAGGACUGUGCCUCUCUCUGUCUCAGAGCCAGGCCUUGUCCCCGGAGCCAAUGGAGGAGGAAUGUGUUCCUUCACCCAAGGGGCAGAGUAUCCGGAAAGAGCAGGAGCAGAACUCCUCUGGAAAGGAGGAGAGCAGCAGCGUUGUCCUGGUGGAGGAGAGCGAGAGGGUCUCCCAGCAGAAAGGCAAGGUCGUGACAUCGCAGACCGAAAGGGGCGUGGCCCCAGGGUCCCCAGGAGCUUCUCCGGCUUUGCGAAAAGCAGGAACUCCAGGGGUCAACACAAAGGAGAACACUGCAUCCCCCACCAAAUCCCAGUCUAAAGGCCCAAGCCCUAGCCCGGACAGACAUUCACAGCCUGAGAAGGCGGGGUCACAGAGGCCCAAGCCAGCUGAUGUCAGAUCCCCCAGAGGAGCUGUAGGUCAAGGCAUAGAGAUUUCUGGGAGUAAAAGUCUCAGUGAUAGCUCUGGAGAAAUCCCAUUUCAUUUCACUCUUCCGAAGGAAGGAGAAUUCAUUGGCCCUGUGGCCAGUGCCACGCCUCCUCUGAUCAGCCAGUUGAAGCAGACGCCCAGACACAGCACUCCUAUUGAAAUGAGCUCUUUUUCAGAGCGGUCGGCCGGUGAUGUCACAAAAGAGAAUGAAAUGGCGGCUAGUGAAAUCACAGUGGAGGAGAGCAGAGAGGCAACAAAAGAGGACCUCAGUACCUCGGCCACUGCGGAGCCUGAUGGGAAGCUGAGUUUGAGGAUGAAACUAGUGACCCCAGUGGAGGAAGGAAGCUCGGGGUCAGAACGCUUCAGUCUACAGAAACCUGCACUGUCAGAAGAGGAAGGCUCUGUUUCCAAGGUUACCACAGUUGUCAAGGCUGUUACCAGUCCAAAGACCAGUAACUCCGUGUUCAGCCGUGUAUGUGAGGCACGAAGACAGGUUGAGGUGGAAGAGAGGGCCCUACCCAGCAUGCCUUGCACUCCUACUAGGGGAGACCUGUACAGCUCACCCCUGUCUCAGGAGAGGGACUCUCAAAGGGAAGCUCCAAGAUCACAGGGUCAGCGGCCCAAGAACCUCCCUGGCAACAGCCAAUCAGUAGAGCUCUCUGCCAGCCCUCGUGAAGGCGGUUUGGCGUCGCCUAGCGCAGCUAGUAGCUCCAUGCCGGAACGGGCCCCUCGUCGUGGUUCCUGCGAGAAGGAGCCUCAUACUGAAACGCUGGGGCUGGGCCAGGCAGGGGGCGGGGCCAGUGUGUCCAUCCCUGAGGGGGAGGGGCCAGAGGAAGGAGAAACUAACAGGGUGUCCGGGUUGGCAGCCAGCGGUACCUCCUCCAGACAGAGAGCAGUAUCCCAGCAGACCAGCUUUGAUAUGGCCACCACCAUUCCCAGUCCUCCCAGCAAAAUGCGCCAGAGGGCCGUGUCUCAGCAGACCAGCUUCGAGGCCGCGGGGCCGCAGUACCCAGCGAGGAGGGGGGAGCCGGAGAUGCCCCCUCUGCGGGCUCCCGCGGGGCAGUCCGUACGCAGGCACGUGCGCACCAUCCGGGAGGUGCGCACCACCGUCACCCGCAUCAUCACGGACGUGUACUAUGAGAACGGGCAGGAGGUGGAGCGCAAGGUCACAGAGGAGUCGGAGGAGCCGGUGGUGGACUGCCGCGUGGUGGAGAACGAGGCCUCGCCGUCGCGCACGGGCAGCUCCAUGACCUCCGGCGACCUGGCGGACAUCAGCUCCCUCUCCUCCAAGGCGUCCAGCCUGCAGCACAGCUCCAGCGGGACCAGCAGCGGGGGCCCGGGGCCCGCCAGGAGGGCCGACUUCAUCGUCCCGUCCUCCCGCGGAGCCAAAUUUGCAAGCCCCCGGAAGGGGAGCGCACAGCAGCAGAGGGGCCAGCGGGGGCGCUGGGGUCCCAACGGGACGGAAGAGAGGGAGCGGGCCCCGGGCGCUCUCCCCCUGGCCCCGCUAACGCCCCGUGGAAGGGCCCGUCGGGGCAGGCCCCCCUCUCGGGGCCCCCUGUCCAGGGGGGCCGGGGCCCUGUCCCGAGAAGACAUACGGGGCCCCCCCUUCUCCUCCUCGGAGGAGGACGAGGCGUACACGCGAGUGUGCGCCCGGGAGGCGGAGAGCGGCCCCAAACGCGGGACCCCGAGCCGCUCCGUGGCCGCGCUGGACUCGUCCCCCGACAGCAGCGGCAGCGCCAGCAGCUUCGUGGGGCUCCGCGUGGUGGCCAAGUGGCUGUCCAACGGCUACCUGUACUCGGGCUGCAUCACCCGCGACCUGGGGGCGGGCCGCUUCCGGCUGCUCUUCGACGACGGCUACGAGUGCGACGUGCCGGGCAAGGACAUCCUGCUGUGCGACCCCAUCCCCGUGGAGACGGAGGUCACGGCGCUGUCCGAUGACGAGUGCUUCACCACAGGUGUGGUGAAGGGCCAUAAGACGGAGGGCUCGGAGUUGUUCUACAGCGUGGAGAAGGACGGCCAGUGCAGGUGGUACGGCCGCAUGUCCGUGAUCCUGUCCAUGGAGCAGGCCAACCGUCUGAGGGAACAGUACGGCCUGGGGCCGUACGAGCCGGCCACGCCCCUCGCCAAGGCCUCUGACAUCAGCCUGGAUAACCUGGUGGAGGGGAAACGGAAGCGUAGAGGCAACGCGGGGGGCGGGGAGACGCCCAGCCGCAGCUCCAGCGACAGCCCCAGAACCCCAGGGCCUUCUGGGAAGAGGAAGCUGAUCAGCUCCGCCGAUGAGAUAAGGACUCCCGCUAAGAGAGGCCGCAAGUCAGCUGGUGCCAGAACGGGGAAGCAUCUGAGCAUGUGCAACACCUCUGGCAGUGGCACUGACCUGCCCUCUGACCCCAAUGACCUGGUGGAGACGCACGGACCCCUCCCCCCGAGCGCCUCGCUCUUCUUGGGCUAUGCCUUUCUGCUUACCACGUCCUCGGAGAGGGACCGUGAGACCAACCAGCUGGCAAAUGAGGAAGAGGAGUAUGUGCAGACGGCACCUUACAACAAGAGCUACACAGAGCAGCAGCUGGAAGCUGGAGGGGGGUUUGUUCUCCAGGAGUUCAAUGAGGGACAGUGCAAGGCGGCCUAUCAGAGCCUCCUGAUCGCAGACCAGCACUGCCGCACGCGGAAGUACCUGCAGUGCCUGGCGAGCGGCGUCCCUUGCGUGUCUCACAUAUGGGUGCGGGACUGCUGCCACGACAACCAGCUGCUAAACUACAGGAACUACCUUCUGCCUGCCGGUGUGGGGCUGGAGGGCCGCGUAGUGGAAUGGCACCCACGGCGCAGUCCGUUCGACACACUCAAGGUCCUGCUGGUCUUUGAUGAGUCGGCAGAAUUUUGGACCGAUUUGCUUAAGAUGGGUGGAGCUGCCUCCGUGUGCAACCAUGAAGGGGACAGCAACAGCCCAGACUGCUUUGCAGAUGCGCUCGACCUGGUGGUGACCAACCGGUCGUGCCCGCCGCCCGUGCUGAAGCGGGCAGCGUCGCUGGGUGUGCCAGUGCUGUCGCCGGAGUGGGUGAUCCAGAGCCUCGUAUGCGGAGAGCGGCAGGGCUACAGCAGCCACGCCCAGUUCCAGCACGACUACUCGCCGUAAUCCCGUCCCGCCCCGGUACGCGCACCUGCCCUAAUCCCGCCCCGCCCCGGACGCACACCCGCCCCUUAUCACUGUCCUGUGUUAGUUUUAGUGCAUGCCAUUUCUGUAUAUAGUUUUAACUCCUCUGUUUUUAUGGAAGAAAACAAUAAAUUGUGAUUGUUUCAUUUUA